UCCAAGCCUCGUCGAAACAAAGGAAAAUUAAGAUGAUCAACAUGUCUUGUUUCGGUAAAAAGGUUUUGGGUCUUUGUAGUUCCUCAGCCUGGUUUCUAAUAGCAUGUUCUUAUAGGUUUAUCAUUCUUAGGAUUAACCCAUUCUGGAUUCAGCUUUGCUAUUUUUUUUCCAUUUCUUUUCUUGGUUUUGGUUUUCUCAAGGCUUUCAAACCAAGAACCCGUGAUUCAUUUAGCCCUAGGAACUUGGAUUUGUUCUUCACAUCUGUUUCUGCAUCCACAGUUUCAAGCAUGUCAACUGUGGAAAUGGAGGUUUUCUCCAAUUCCCAACUCGUCAUUUUAACUGUCUUGAUGUUCGUAGGUGGAGAAGUUUUCACUUCUUUGGUGGGACUCCUGUUCAGGAAGUCUCAACUCAGAAGAAAAUGGAUUAGCAAUGUAGGGUUAGUUUCUUCUGUUAGAAGUGACACUGAUGGCACGUACAAAAUGCAGACAAAACAAGGUGAUAAUGAAAAUCUUGAUUCAAGAUAUGAAGUUAAACUUCACAUCCAAUACACAUCAUCAAUAUUAGAUAUGAAGAUUUUGAAGUACAACUCAUUUAGGUUUUUGGGUCUUGUAGUUUUGGGUUACCUUCUGCUUCUUCAUUUUUUAGGAAUACUUCUAGUUUUGGUUUAUUUAGCCUCUGUUAAAAGUGCAAGAAAUGUCCUUGAAACCAAAGGACUAAACAUUUUCACGUUCUCUUUGUUUACCAUUGUUUCAACCUUUGCAAGUUGUGGGUUUGUCCCAACAAAUGAAAACAUGAUGGUUUUUAGCAAGAAUUCAGGUCUUCUCCUUAUUCUUAUCCCUCAGGUCCUUUUUGGUAACACAUUAUUUCCUUCGUGCCUGAGGUUUUCCAUUUGGUUCUUGGGAAAUUUUUUCAAGAAAGUAGAAUCCAAUUACUUGUUGAAGAACACAAGUAAAAUUGGAUAUCUUCACUUGUUGCCAAGUUUGCAUUCUUUAUUUUUGGUUGGUACUGUGUUUGGUUUCAUUCUGGUUCAGUUUGUACUGUUCUGCUCCCUGGAGUGGAAUUCAGAAGCAUUGAAUGGAUUGAAUUCUUUCCAGAAAAUUAUAGGAGUCCUGUUUCAAACAGUCAACUCCAGACAUACUGGUGAAACUAUUGUUGAUCUCUCAGCCAUCUCCCCUGCUAUCCUGGUGCUAUUUAUUGUCAUGAUGUACCUUCCUCCAUAUACAGCAUUCCUUCCCAUAAAAGAUGAUACAGAAAUAGAUGGGAGAAGUAAAAGAUGGAGGGGAAAGCUUUUGGAGAACAUAAUAUUUUCACAGCUCUCAUAUUUGGUCAUCUUUGUCAUCCUCAUAUGUAUAACAGAGAGACACAAGAUGAAGCAAGAUCCCCUUAAUUUCAAUGUUUUGAACAUUGUGCUAGAGGUCAUCAGUGCAUAUGGAAAUGUGGGGUUUACAGCAGGCUAUAGCUGUAAGAGGCAAAUACAUCCUGAUAGCAUUUGCCAAGACAAAUGGUAUGGGUUUUCUGGAAGAUGGAGUGACGAAGGGAGGGUUAUUCUAAUAAUGGUCAUGUUUUUUGGAAGACUUAAGAAGUUCAAUAUGAAUGGAGGUAGAGCAUGGAUUCUUUUGUAAGCACUGUAUAUAAAUAUUUUCCAAUAUUAAUUUGCAUAUAUAUAUGUUGUUAAAUUUAAUUCCAAGUGUACAAUAAUAAGGGAAAUUCUAAAAAUUUAUUAAAAAAUGUAAUUCCAAGUGUAUACUUAUUACUA